AUGCCUUUCACUACCUCCUUCCAAGUAACUGCUUUGCUCCUAGCAGCUACAGUGGCCAAUGUCCACGGCCAGACACCAGUCAGGUCGCGAGGAUACCCAACAAGCGGAAUAAAGUGGCAGCAAUGUCCGGACGAUCUUAACGAUGCAGCAACUCUAGAUGUUGAGUGUGGCACUCUGGCCGUGCCACUUGACUACACAGAUGUCAACAGCACUGAAACCCUCGAGCUGUCUCUUGUGAAAGUCCCUGCUGUGAGGAAGCCCGCCAAGAAUAGUAUACUCUUCAACUUCGGUGGCCCCGGGUUGGAAGAUCGUUAUUCCCUUGCGGGCUUAGGCGACAUGCUCCAGGCUGUUACAGGCGGAGAACAUGACCUGAUAACCUGGGACCCACGAGGCACAGCCAAUACUCUUACAUUCUCGUGCUUCGCCAACGCUACAGAGCGUGCCGCCCUCAGUCAACAGUUUGGUCUCGGCAACGCUUCCGAUGUCGCCCGUGGGGCCGUUUGGGCGGGCGCGAAGAACUUCGCCGAUGCUUGCGCCAACUACCCUGAGGCUCAAAAGAGGGGUCCUCUAAUCAGCACGGCCUUCACUGCGCGUGAUGCGAUGCAGAUCGUCGAUGCCGUGGAAGAAGACGGGCUGUUAAGAUAUUGGGGCCUAUCGUACGGGACAGAUCUGGGAGUCACACUGGCAGCCUUAUUUCCAGACCGAAUCGACAAGGUGAUAAUCGACGGCGUCUAUAGCCCAAUUCAAUACUACAAUGACUGGUCUGAAUCAGAGUCUGGGGCAUCCGCUGAUGACACAUUCACCGAGUUCUUCCGCCAGUGUCUCUCGACGCCUAAUGCUUGCCAGCUCGCGCGUACCCAUCCCAAUGCAACAGCUGAGCAACUUGAAUCAGCGGCAUAUGGGCUUCUUGACGAGCUUAAAUACCGGCCCUUCGCGUACGAUGGUAGUAUUGUAGACUACUCGGUGCUAAAGACCGCAAUCCGAUUCUCUCUAUAUUCUCCCAAUUCGUGGUUGUCCUUGGAUAGAAUCUUGGAUGCUUUACUCGCAGAGCCUCGGAACGAGACCGUGGUGGCAACAGAGCUUCUUGCUUACCUCUCUGGCUCACUGGCCGCAACUGCAGGGGGUAACGAUGCAGGUAUUGGCAUCGAGUGUACCGACAAGCGGCCCCGAUCAGAUUCAUUCGACGUCGUCAAUCCUGCUUUCGAUCAAAGUGCAGCAUCCAGCCGUCUGCUUGGGGAUAUCAACACGGCAAUAGUUGCUAUAUGUGCGCAGUGGCGUCUCGAAACGCGCGAGCGGUAUAAUGGUGACUUUACCGAAGUCAAGACCAGAAAGCCGCUGCUAGUCAUUGGUAACACCUAUGACUCGGCCACAUCAAUCAAGUCGGCAAGGAAUAUUAGUGAAACGAUUGAGGGUAGUGUUCUGCUUGAACACGGUGGUGUUGGUCAUACUUCCAUCUCACAUCCUUCCCUCUGUACAGCGAAGGUGACUCAAGCAUUCUUCAGCAACGGGACCCUCCCGAAACAUAACACCAUAUGCGAUACGGUGGCACCACCGUUUCAGUUUGCCACAUCUGGCCCGUCAUGGCAGGAGCUGUUUCCUGAACUGGGUUUUGAGCUACCCAGCACCAAUAGCACCAAGUCUACCCAGAAGAAGAGAGAUAUCAAUGCUAGUGUCUUGGGAAAUAUUGGCCGACGCGGUUUCUAA